AAGGGACAGCCGAACCACUUCAAAGACCUUCAACAAUAGUUGCUAGUUGGCAUUGAUCCCUUCAACUUUCUGGGAGCAAUAGUUUGGUGGUGUUUUGGAUAUAUAUAUAUAUAUAUGAAGACAAACCAAGCCCUCGUAAUAAUAUGCAUCACAACAAACUGGGGUUCAGUCAGACGUGAUAGCAUAUGAGAAGAAGAUUCUGUUUCCCUCAAAAUAUUGUCAAAAACAUACCAAUUCGUACGACAUCAUACGAAUUGAAAGAUAUAUGCCUGCCAUUUGAAACAAAACUACUCAUGCAAUUUCAAUUUUCAACUGCAUGUUCCACUUUUUGGUGAAUGUUCACCAAUAUUGAGGUUUUCAAAAUUCCAGCCUGUCAAUUAGAAUCGGAACAUCCUUAAAUAAUCACUUCCAUGCAUAUUGAACAACCAUUGAAACAGGUCGAAUGUCAAAGCAACAGAGUUCCUUAUCUGGCCUCCAUGAUCAAAUCUAGCUAGCUUUUCUCGGUUCUAAAUUUGUAGACGAUCAAUGAUAAAAGGAGGUGUACACAUCCCAAGUGUUAAAGAUACAGCGUGGCAACGAGGCGUGGCACAUAAUAGAGGUGCCUCACGGAAUCAAACUGGGUGCAUGAGGUUCUGUUUGGUAUUGCAUGUCGACAUGUUUUCGUUCUCGAUAACGUCGCCGUGACACCAUAUGUGGAAACGGAUGAAAAGUGUCCCAUUAAGGCCAUAAAGAGAAAAGCUUUAAGACGACACAGCGCCCUUAUCAGCCAAUAAUGAGUGCUUCUCCUGCAUCCUGGUCGAUGAAGCCAUCACUAGAAGCUACGUACUUUGCAUACAGAUGACAAAAUAGAAAUUCUUCUUUGCCUAUCAAUCCCGGAGCUAGCUAGUACUUUCUUCUAAUUUCUCUCAUGGCUGGAGAUCAGAGAGCAAACCGCAGGCUCAGCAACUCGUGCAUUCUCCUAAUAGUGCUAGCUGGCAUGGAGAGGCUGGCAUUCAAAGGGGUGGCAUCGAAUCUAGUGACUUAUCUCACAGAUGUUAUGAAUAUGAGCAACUCUUCUGCGGCCAAAACGGUCAACAGCUGGUGCGGCUUUACCUCCAUGCUGCCAUUGCUUGUGGCUCCCCUUGCCGACUCUUAUUGGGAUCGCUAUUCCACCAUAUUGACCUCUGCUGUCCUCUAUGUUGCUGGGCUUAUUGCAUUGACAUCAACAGCGCUGGCAUUGGCAUGGUCUCCAAGGAACGAAACGACGUCGUCGUCUUCACUUCUCUUGUGGUCUCUGUACUUAAUUUCAAUAGGCCAAGGUGGAUACAACCCGUCUCUGCAAGCCUUCGGAGCAGAUCAACUUGACGAGGAUGAGGAAUUGCCCUGCAGCAAAGACGAUCAGAAAUCUAAAAAAAAGAGUUUAUUCUUCCAGUGGUGGUAUUUUGGCGUUUGCAGUGGAAGCCUCAUGGGUGUCACGUUUAUGUCCUACAUCCAAGACACCUUUGGCUGGGUACUCGGAUUUGCCAUUCCCAUGAUAGCAAUGCUCACAUCGGUUGCACUUUUCUCCGGCGGAAGCCGGCUGUAUAUGUAUAAAGCGGAUGAGGCUAUCUACUGCAACAAGCCUUUUGAGAGCAUAGUUCAAGCUUUUAAAGCAACCAAAUCUAAAUUUAUGAGCUCUGGAAUCCCCUUAUCAAGUUACAAAUCUGAUCAGGUCGAGCUAGAGCUUCAAGAUCAGAAUCCUCUUUGUCGUGAAGAGUUUGACAGCACAAAGGGGUUGGAAGAGAACCCGGCCAGAAAUGGUGUACAUGAAAAUGCCAAGGUAGUGCUGCGGCUUUUGCCCAUAUGGACAAUGCUUCUGAUGUUUGCUGUAAUUUUCCAACAACCUGCGACCUUCUUUACCAAACAAGGCAUGACAAUGAAGAGGAACAUUGGAAGCAACUUCAAGAUCCCACCAGCUACGCUGCAGAGCGCCAUUACAUUGUCUAUAAUUCUUCUAAUGCCUUUAUAUGACAAAAUUCUGAUCCCCAUAACUCGGGUGGUGACUUGUGAUGAAAAGGGUAUUACUGUGAUGAAAAGAAUGGGGAUAGGGAUGUUUCUUUCAGUCAUAGCCAUGGUGAUUGCUGCAAUUGUCGAAACAACGAGGCUGAAGAUGAGCAGACAAAUGGGAAAUCUCGACUCACAGUCAGAAACGGUGCCGCUUAGCAUCUUUUGGCUGCUACCCCAAUACGUUCUCUUGGGAAUUUCAGACAUUUUCACUGUUGUUGGGAUGCAGGAGUUCUUCUACAAUGAAGUUCCCAUUAGAAUGAGAACAAUGGGGUUUGCGCUAUACACAAGUGUUUUUGGCGUGGGAAGCUUCUUGAGUGCCAUAUCAAUUUCACUCGUCGAGAUCUUUACCAGUUCAAAAGGAAAGCACAGCUGGUUCUCGGACAACAUGAAUGAAGCUUGCCUUGACAAAUACUACUGGCUUCUAGCCUUGUUAAGUGCAUUGAGCCUGCUCUUGUACGUAAUUUUGUGCAAGUGUUACAAAAGUAGGAGUGAAUUGGAGAACGAAAACUGUAAAUGAUGUUUUUGUUUUGAGUUUGAACACCCUUCUUUGUUAAUAUUCGUUUUUGCUUUGCGUA